AUGUUUUUAUCUCCAAUUAAUGUAUCAAUUGAACUUAAAGUUCCUAAAAUUCUGACAAGAUCUCAAUUAACAGCUUCUAAGACUUUACAAAAUGCUGGCUAUGGCAUGAUGAUUAGUUUGAGUUGUAGUGGCUUUUUAAUGUUGCUUCUAGGAAGAUUUUAAUAAAUAAUUUCAUUAUUAAACAUACUUUAAUAAUAAUCAUUUUUUAAAUACUUAGAUGUAGAAUAUCCCUAACAUGUCUAAAUUUAUUUUGAAUCUUUAAAUUUCAUUACUUUGUAACCAUUAUUGAAUUAUUUAAAUUUUCCAGAUUUAUAUUCAAAUAUAUUUUCAAAAUAGUUUUAAGAGAGUGCAGGUAAUUUUAAAGAGUAUUAAAUAAAUGUUGAUUUUCUUAGCAAUAUUGAUUAUUUGGUAUUCUAAAUUUUUGUUGAAUGUACUUUUAGUUUAAUGCUCUAUAUAUAUGAAAAAAUAUAUUUCGAAACACAUUUCUUUAAGAAAAGUUUUAUAGUUUAUUUAAAAACUGAAAUGGAAAAUUAUAAUAUCUCUUUUUAUUUAUCUAUAUCAAUUUAAAAGGAAGAACUUAGAAAUUAAAAGAAUUAUCAGUAAAGAAGUUUUUAUUAAAUUCAUUUAUGCAAAUAGUUAAGACUUAAUGUUUAAAGUUGGUAAUUUUUUAUUUCUAAUACAAAGUCUGAAAUUCGAUAAAGAAUUUUCUUAUUAAUUUUUUUUGUGUUUUUAGGAAACAUAAUUUGGAUUUUCCUUUUUAACUUUAAAAAACAUAAGGUGAUAAAAAUCAAAUAAGUUUUUCAAUUAUAACAUGAAAAGUUAAUUUAUUUAAAUAAUUCGCUUUUCAUUUUCUUUUAACUUAAUUUAAAUUUUACCCUAUACUAUAAAGUCUACUACUAAUAUCAUUAGUUAAUACUACUUAUAUUAUUUUGA